ACCCCCAAGCUCGGGCCUUUCCGCCGCCCCCACCGCCCCGCCGGCCAUGGCCUCCCACCUCCGCCUCCACCUCGCCGCGCCGCCGCCCCCUGCCCUCCGCCAGCAGCACCUCCCCCGCCUCCGCCUGCCGCGCCCGCCCAGACUGCCCCUCCUCAGCCUCCCGUCCCCGGCGGCGCCCUCCUCCCUGCGUCCCCGCGUCCUCUCCCCCGCCCCGGCCCGGGCGAGGGUCGGCGGCGCCGAGGCGGAGGACUCGGACGGCGAGGGGGAUGCUGGUGGCCUCGUCGGGGAGGACUCGGCCGUGUUCCGGCUGGCCGACCAGCGGGUGGCCUCCUGGGCCUACUUCGCCGGGAUACUCUCCGUGGUGCUCUACGGGCUCAACGUGCUCUGGAUCGACCCCGCCACCGGGGUCGGCACUGGGUUCCUCGACGCCGUCGCCGCCCUCUCUGACAGCCCCGAGGUUGUUUUGUUGCUCCUUACCCUCAUCUUUGCUUUAGUCCAUAGUGGCAUGGCAAGCUUACGUGAAACUGGUGAGAAAAUAAUAGGCGAGCGAGCUUACCGCGUGCUGUUUGCUGGAAUAUCACUACCUCUGGCACUUAGCACUAUUGUCUACUUCAUAAAUCAUCGUUACGGUGGUGUUCAGCUGUGGGAUGUUAAAGGCGUCUCAGGCGUCCAUGAGCUUGUUUGGCUGUCGAAUUUUGUCUCAUUCUUGUUUCUGUAUCCAUCUACUUUCAAUCUUUUAGAAGUGGCAGCUGUGGACAAGCCAAAAUUACACAUGUGGGAAACUGGAAUAAUGCGCAUCACGAGACAUCCACAGUUUGUUGGGCAGGUAAUCUGGUGCCUAGCUCACACGCUAUGGAUCGGCAACUCUGUUGCCGUCGCGGCCUCCGUCGGAUUGAUCGGUCACCAUGCAUUUGGCGUUUGGAACGGCGACAGGAGGCUUGCGUCACGCUACGGCGAAGCCUUUGAUGUCCUGAAGAAGAGGACCAGCGUCGUGCCGUUCGCUGCGAUCAUUGAUGGACGGCAGAAACUGCCUGAUGAUUAUUACAAGGAGUUCAUCCGGUUACCGUACAUCACGAUCGUGGCUCUGACCCUGGGCGCGUACUUUGCGCAUCCGUUGAUGCAGGCGGCCAGCUACCGGCUUCCCUGGUAACUAAUGGUGAAUGGCAGGUUGAUGAUGUAUGUAUGUCAUUUUGUAGUGUUACGGAAACAUGCCAGCCAGCCAACACAAACAAAAGAAAUAGUGGUGCAUUUGUAGUGUGUGUAUGGUGCCCCAUGAGCAAAUGGAUCAGCUCGCCGCACUUAGGAUUGUAAUACAACUACUGGCCUGUUUGUUCAGGCAUUCAUUUGUAAGUAAAAGAGGACUACGCACCAAAAGAAACAAUUGUCCAGCUGAUGCUGCAGUCUAAAGCUCAAGCCAUGCUGCAGCUUGGGAAACAUCCCAUAAAUUGUGCAUGUACUCGAUGGUUACCGAAUCAACUGAAGUUCUAUCUU